AUGUCGUCUUCCGGUAUCAUCGACCACUCGCCUUACCAGCCGGAUCCGUCUCCUCCAGUUGCGACGGCCUCCAACCUCGUCCUCAUUGACAACUACGACUCCUUCACCUGGAACAUUUACCAGUACCUCGUGCUUGAGGGUGCCACCGUCCAUGUCUUCAGAAACGACAAGAUCACUGUCGAGGAGCUGAUCAAGCACAACCCGACGCAGCUCAUCAUCAGCCCCGGCCCUGGCCACCCCCAGACCGAUUCCGGCGUCAGCCGGGACGCAAUCCGGCACUUUGCGGGCAAGAUUCCCGUCUUGGGAGUCUGCAUGGGCCUGCAAUGCAUAUUCGACAUCUAUGGCGGCGAUGUCUCCUCUGCCGGUGAAUGGCUGCAUGGCAAGACGUCUCCCUUGACCCACGAUGCCAAGGGAGUCUUUGCCGGCUUGCCGCAAGGCCUUCCGGUGACUCGAUACCACUCUCUUGCCGGCACUCACCUUACUCUGCCCGAGUGUCUGGAGGUUUCGUCUUGGAUCGCCAAGCCCGAUGGCUCGGCUGGCAUCAUCCAGGGAGUUCGCCACAAGAAGUAUGUGGUCGAGGGCGUGCAGUUCCACCCGGAGAGUAUCCUUACUGCAGAAGGUCGUGUGAUGAUUAGGAACUUCUUGCACAUGCAGGGCGGCACCUGGGAGGAAAACGAAAGGCUUCAAAAGGCCGCUUCAAAGGCCUCCAGCUCUUCUGCGCCUAAGCCGCAAAAGAACAACAUUCUUCAGACCAUCUACGCCAACCGAAAAGCUGCCGUCGCCAAGCAAAAGGAGAUUCCGUCGCAGCGGAUGAGCGACCUUCAAGCCGCAUACGAUCUGAACGGCGCUCCCCCCUUGGUACCGUUUGUCAACCGGUUGAAGCAGUCGCCUUUUGACGUGGCUCUCAUGGCGGAGAUCAAGCGCGGUUCUCCCUCCAAGGGCGUAUUCGCUUUAGAAGUUCAGGCUCCCGUCCAGGCCCGCAAGUAUGCACUUGCCGGUGCGAGUGUGAUUUCCGUCUUGACAGAGCCUGAGUGGUUCAAGGGAAGCAUCGAAGAUUUGAGAGCUGUCCGCCAGGUGCUGGAUGGUAUGCCCAACAGACCUGCGAUCCUGCGGAAAGAGUUCAUCUUUGAGGAGUACCAGAUCCUGGAGGCGAGGUUAGCCGGAGCGGAUACAGUGCUGCUGAUUGUCAAGAUGCUUGAAGUCGAGCUGCUGGAGCGCUUGUACAAGUACUCAUUAUCCCUGGGAAUGGAGCCUCUGGUGGAAGUUCAGAACGCAGACGAGAUGACGACAGCCGUCAAGCUCGGCGCCAAGGUCAUUGGCGUCAACAACAGAAACCUCGAGACCUUUGAGGUCGACAUCAAUACCACGGGGCGUCUGCGAAGUAUGGUGUCUGAUUCGACCAUCAUCUGCGCAUUGAGCGGCAUCAACAAGCACCAGGACGUCCUCGACUGCAAGAGAGAUGGCAUCAACGCCGUCCUUGUCGGCGAGGCCAUCAUGAAGGCACCAGAUGCGACGACCUUUAUCAGCGAACUGUGCUCCGGAAGCAAGCCGGCGCCGAAGAACAACACGCCUGAGAAAUUGCACGUCAAGAUUUGUGGCAUCCGAAGCGUCGAGGCUGCGCUGGAAGCGGUCGAGGCCGGCGCUGACUUUAUCGGCGUCAACCUGGUGCCCGGAGCGAGGCGGGCCGCUUCCCACGAGGUUGCCCUAGCCAUCUCAGACGCCGUUCAUUCGUACACCAAGCCUUCAGGAACCUCUGCCAAGCUAGAGAUUCCCUCUUCAGGCGCUACGGAUUUCUUUGAGCUCACAACAAAGAAUCUCAAGACCCCUAGGACACAGGUAGUGGGUAUUUUUCAGAACCAACCCCUGAGCGAGGUUUUGGAGAAGCAGAGGCUAUAUAACCUCGACAUCGUCCAGCUCCACGGCGAAGAGCCUAUCGAGUGGGCCAAGGCAAUCCCCGUGCCCGUCAUCCGCUGCUUCAAGCCCAACAACCCUGCCGUCGGUAUCCGCGGAUAUCAUGUUGUCCCGCUGCUGGACUCUGGAGCGGGUUCCGGCAAGCUAUUGGACGUUUCAAGCGUAAAGGAGCUCCUUCAAAAGGAUCCAGAACUCAGGAUCUUCCUGGCUGGAGGCCUCAACCCCGACAACGUUGCCGAAGCGGUCAAUGCCCUGGGAGAGUAUAGCAGCCAGGUAGUUGGAGUGGACGUGAGCAGUGGUGUUGAGGAGGAUGGCAAGCAGAGCUUGGCCAAGAUUGCUGCCUUUGUCAAGGCUAGCAAGGCGAUCAGGUAG